AUGGCAAAAAUUGCUUACCCACUUGCAAAACCUGUUGAAGUUCUACAAGCUGUGAUAUGUGCUAUUUUGGUACUCCAUUAGGGGAAUCUGGUAGUUGUAACCUUUUUCAUUAAUUUGCUAGACUGGAAUUGGAUGUAGAUCGGAAUGCGCAAGAGAUUAUAUUAUAGCAAGAUCAGAUUAUAUUUUCGUAAAAGAUAGAAGAAUUAAAUCAAAUAUUUCAUAUUUCGAAUCUACAACUUUCAGCAAUCAUACUCCCUUUUAAUUUGUUCAAGACUCUGUUAAUAAAAUGCUUUCCAUCACCUUUUCCUCUAAUAACUAUGUAGAAAGUUUAAUUUUUAGUGAGAGGAUGAGUUUAUAAUUUACAAAUACCUAAUCUUUAAAAUUUAUCAGACUCAGGAUCACUUUCUACAUACAGGAAUUUUUGACUGAUAAUGAAAUUUAAAUAUUGCUGGAUGACUACAUAUAAGGUGAAAUAAUCAAAGCUACUACUUUUAAUAAAGUGACAAAAAUUAAAAGUUCAAGUACUAAUUGUUCUAAUUAUGAUUGA